GUUGCAGUUGCGAGUUGCCAGUAUGAAACCCACGUAUACUCUUCUGUGCCUGCUGCUGUUGACCGCCUGCCUGGCGGUGCCCAGUGCGGCACGUGGCGGCCGUGGACGCGGCGGUGGCUCAUUCGGGGGCCUCUUUGGCGGCUGGCGCAGCAAAUACGGCAGCAAGUCUUCGUCGUCGGGUGGCGGGCGGCGCGUGGUCAGCGGCUCACCAGUGCACACGGCGGUCACUGUGCCAAAGCUGCCGCCGCCGCCGCCGCCGCCACCGCAGCCCGCGAAGGGCAUGUCCAUGGCGAAGCCACAGGCUGGCGGCUAUCCACGACAACAGCUGCCGCCGGGCUACGGCUAUGCACCAGCUGCGGGACAGGGCACGUAUUAUGCGAAUGCCCAGACGCUGCCCGCUGGCGCGGUCUACUACGCACAGCCGCCCACAUCCCUAUCCAUGGGUUCCGGCACUAGUUUUCUGACCGGCAUGCUGGCUGGCCGCCUGCUCUUUGGCCACCAUCAUCAUGUGUCGCAUGUGUACCCACAGACUCAGCCGGGUGAGUCUGUGGCUACCGGCAAUGGGCGCGAGGUCAUCAUUAUCAAUAAUGGACAGCCACAGGGCGCCGCAGACGAGACGGAGCAGCCGCCCAAUGAGUCGCUCAGCCCAGACGGGGCAGUUAACCCGCUGGCCAGAGAGGAGGAAGAACAAGAGGAGCAUGAAUCGGAUUCCAGUGAGGAGACAGCGAAUACUACUGCAAUGCCCGAACCGCCUGUUGGCGGCAUUGUGUGCUUCCCCAUAAUGCUGAAUGAAACGGAUCCUCAGAACUCCGAAUUGGUGCGCGAAGUGGAGCGCGUGGUUUGCUUUCCUGCUCCCACCAGAGAUUCCGUCGAUUGUCAAAACGAUCCGAUGUGCCUCCUGGAGCUGGGCGGCAGCACCACCAGCACAGAGCCACCAAUUGUUGCAGGCGAUAUUGGUGGUGCCUCGGAGGCGAGCGAUUCACCGGAAGCUUCCAGCCCUUCGGCCGAUGUAGAUGCUGCGCAUGAAUAGUCAUAAGUUAAACAACUAAGCUAAUACGCAAAUAAAUAUUCAGUUAGUUUCUGAUUAACAGCUAA